UUGCGAGAAGACGCUGGGGGCUUGAAAGUCCUGCCGACUGAACGAUCUCGAGUCUGCACAGUUUGGUGAAAUAUGUCGAGUGUUUGGGGCUGGUUCGGGGGAGGGAGUGCCCAGAAGGCGAAGGACUCCCCGAAAAAUGCUAUCUUAGGACUACGUGCGCAGCUUGAAAUGUUACAGAAACGGGAGCGUCAUUUACAAAGUCAAAUGGAAGAACAAGAUGCGAUAGCUAGGAAGAACGUAAGCACCAACAAGAAUGGUAUGUUCUGCUACCUGGGCUGUAUACAUUGCAAUGCUAACAAAUGGUUAAUUUUAGCUGCGAAGGCUGCAUUGCGACGAAAGAAGCAACACGAACACACUCUCGACCAAACUAUUGCGCAAAUAUCGACAUUAGAACAACAAAUAUAUUCCAUCGAAGCGGCCAAUAUUAACAAAGAGACUCUCCUUGCCAUGGAAAAAGCGGGCAAGGCGAUGGCAGCUAUUCAUGGGAAACUUGAUAUCAACAAGGUCGAUGAGACGAUGUAUGUUUUUGUCUCUCGUAUUAGGAAGCUAAAACUAAUAUUUUAUAGGGACAAACUUCGGGAACAGCAUGCCUUGGGUGAAGAAAUUGCCCAAGCCAUUACUAGCACGCAUCUCGGCGAGCCUGUAGAUGAGGCUGAACUGGAAGAUGAACUAGCGGACCUUGAACAAGAGCAGCUGGACAAUAAGAUGCUGAAGACUGGUUCUGUGCCAGUCUCCGAUGAGGUUCAUAGAUUACCAUCUGUCGUGAAUGGAGAGGGUAAGCCUUUGAAAGCCAUCAUCCACUUGUGCUAACAAUCACUAACACUCGAAUUCAGUCAAAUCCAAAGCACCUGUUCAUGUUGAAGAGGAUGACGAAGAAGAAGAACUCCGCAGGCUGCAAGCUGAGAUGGCUAUGUAAUUCAAGGACAGUAAAUUUAACAUUGAGCGGAUCCCUGGGGUUUCUGGGUUUUUUAGUUUAUUUUGUGUAUGGGGGCGUGCGAGUUCUAUUUGGGAGGGC